CGCCAGUUCGUCUGUCGUUUCUGUGGCCGCCACUUCACCAAAUCCUACAACCUGCUGAUCCACGAACGAACGCACACCGACGAACGGCCCUACGUCUGUGAAGUCUGCCAGAAAAGGUUCAGAAGGCAGGAUCAUCUUCGCGAUCACAGACACAUCCACUCCAAGAACAAGCCGUUCACCUGCAUGGACUGCGGCAAAGGAUUCUGUCAGCCGAGAACACUCGUGGUACAUCGCAACAUGCAUCUCAUGAAGUCUCCGCUGUAUGCCUGCACGCAUUGCUGUGCCGCUUUCAGAAGACUCUCCGACCUACAAACGCAUGAAAUUGUGCAUGCAUGA